AUGGCAUCUCAGUCAUAUCUCAUCGUAGGAGCAGGCGUCUUUGGCGUCUCCACGGCCUACCAGCUCAUUCAAAAGCACCCCAAUGCCUCGGUCACAAUCGUGGACAGGGACCCUUAUGACGGAGACAACCGCGUAGCUGCGUCUUGGGAUUGGAACAAGGUCGUUCGUGCUGACUACGAUGAUCUCCUCUACUGCCGUCUCGCCCUAGAGGCUCAGGAUAUCUUUGAGUCUGAUCCCCUCUGGAUGCCUCACUUCCACAAGGCUGGUGUUUUCUGGGUGUGUCGCAGCGACUACGCCCAGGACGUCAUCAACAACUACAAGAAGCUGGGCCGCGAAUCAGACAUUCAGAUCUACACCAUUGAGGAGGCCAAGAAGCUGUACGGCGGCCUGUACGAAGAGGCUGACUACACGGGCGCCAAGGAAGUCCUCGUCAACCGAAACAGUGGCUGGGGUGCUGCAGGCGACUCCCUGCGUGCUGUGACCCGCGAGGCUAUGAAGCUCGGCGUCAAGUACACCGUUGCCGAUGUCGCUACGCUGCAAAUUGAGAACGGCCGCGCCACAGGUAUCCAGACAUCCAAGGGCGAGAUCAUCUCGGCCGAUACCGUGAUCCUCUCCACCGGAGCCUACACAGCCAAGCUUCUGGAAUACAGCGCCGCGCGCCACAAUAUGCCUGAUCUGCGAUCUGGCGAUCGCAUCACAGCUGCUGGUAUCACAACCGGUAUGGUCACUCUCGACGACGAAUCAUUCGCCAGGAUGAAGGACAUGCCUGUUGGCUUCCAAGGUUACACGUACAAGCACAAGUCUCCAUUUAUUGGCAGCUUGCCACCCACAAAGGAUCGUGAGAUCAAGUGGUGGGGUAAGAACAUCUUCAGCAACACCCGUCAAGUGCUACCAGGACGCUACGUCUCUGCGCCGCCUGAUGAGAAGGACUACGCACAGUGGAAGGUGCCCAACAGUCUCAAAGAAGACAUUGACACGCAAAACCGUCUGUUCUUUGGCAGCAAGGGUGCCCACUGGAAGUACGAGCACCACCGUAUCUGCUGGGACGCCUUCACUUCCAGUGGAGACUUCAUCAUCUCUCCGCACGCAGGUGCCAAGGGUCUCUACGUAGCCACAUGCGGCUCGUUCCAUGGGUACAAGUUCUUCCCUGUGCUGGGCAAGUACGUGGUGCAGAUGCUGGAAGACAAGCUGGAGCCCGAGCUCAAGGAGAAGUGGGCUUGGGACAGGGAGCGUCCCGACGGCGCCUACAACUGCGAGUUCCCCAAUUCGGAGUUGAAGGAUCUCUUGGAUCCCGCCGCCAGGCUGUAA